AUGGGCACAAGACACAAACUUGGUUUGCAAUUUGUGAUCAUUUAUCAUUUUACUGAGUUAUAUAUUACAGGUCUUGGUGCGGGUCUUGGACUGUUAUUAUUGCUUAUCGGUGCAUGGUUGGGAUACAGAUUCCUAAAGAAACGCUAUACCAUUAAACGCAGGGAGAUGUUCUUCAAGCGAAAUGGUGGAUUAUUAUUAGAGAAACAAUUGUCGUCAGGUGAAGUUAAUGUUGAGAAAAUCAAGCUAUUCAAAUCAAAGGAGUUGGAGACGUCCACUGACAAUUUCAAUAUUGAUAGAAUUCUUGGCCAGGGAAGCCAAGGUACUGUUUAUAAAGGCAUGCUGACUGAUGGAAGAAUUGUUGCUGUGAAAAAAUCUAAAAUAGUGGAUGAAAGCCAACUUUCAGAUUUCAUCAAUGAGGUUGUCAUUCUUUCACAAAUCAACCACAGAAAUGUCGUUCAACUAUUGGGUUGUUGUUUAGAGACGGAGGUUCCCAUUUUGGUUUAUGAAUUUAUACCUAAUGGAAACCUUUCCCAGUAUAUCCACGAGCAGAAUGAGGAGUUUCCACUUACAUGGGAAGUUCGCUUACGAAUUGCCAAGGAAAUUGCAGGAGCUCUUUCCUAUUUACAUGCUUCAGCUGCCUUUCCCAUUUAUCACAGAGACAUCAAGUCUACCAACAUACUCUUGGAUGCAAAAUACAGAGCAAAAGUUGCUGACUUUGGAACUUCAAGAUCAGUUGCCAUUGACCAAACUCACCUUACCACACUUGUACACGGCACAUUUGGUUACAUGGACCCUGAAUAUUUUCAAUCAAGCCAAUUUACGGAGAAAAGUGACGUGUAUAGCUUUGGGGUUGUCCUUGUUGAGCUCUUGACGGGACAAAAACCAAUUUCUUUUAGAAGGUCACAAGAAGAAGGCAAAAGUCUAGCCGCAUACUUCAUCAUUUCGAUGCAGUUAGAUCGCCUAUUUGAAAUUCUUGAUGCUCAAGUUGUAAAAGGAGGGUCUAAGGCAGAUAUCAUCACAGUUGCUAACCUUGCAAGGAGGUGUUUGAAUUUGAGUGGAAGGAAGCGCCCUACAAUGAGAGAGGUCACGGCAGAACUGGAGGGGAUUCAAAUGUCAGAAAAAACUUCAAUUGUUGAACAAAAUUAUGAAGAAGUUGAAUAUGUUCGAACUGAAUCAAUUGAGCCUUGGGAUGUCGUUUCAAGCUCAACAGGCACAAAGCCAGGUUUGGAUGGUGGUCCUGCUUCAUCAUCACAUGAAGUUCCACUAUUACCUUUCAUGUCACGCUGAACAAUAAUUAAAUAUUUCUUAACUGUAAUAUUCUAAUGCUUGUUCUAUUCCAUAUAUGUUAUGUUUUUCUCCUUCCUUAACUUUUCUGAUCAGAAUGUGAUUGCAGUUUCAA